UUGUCUAGGUGAAAGGCAGGACGCGAUGUGGCGUUGAUUGGACUAUCUGUUGCUUAGAAACGGCGCAGCUGGACGCUGAUUGGCUGAAGCUGGUAGGAAGAGCAGAGCGUUCCAUGCUGUCUGAAUGUGGUUACGUUUAGCGCUAUGUGAGCGGCCGCACGGCCUGUCUCGUUUUGCCAUGUCUGAACCUUCUAACCUGGUCCGGGCUUUCUCCAGCCGAAAGGACAAGCCACCAAAGGACACUCUUCGCCACAUAAAGAGACGCGAGAAGCGCCAGGGAGUCGGGCAGAGCAAUGGGCCUGCCACAGUUUAUGUGCAAGUAGCUGGGGCUGGCAGCCGGGAUUCAGGGGCCUCCGUCUAUGUCUUUUCCGAAUUCAACAGGUACUUGUUUAACUGUGGUGAGGGAACACAGAGAUUGAUGCAGGAACACAAACUAAAGAUAGCACGCCUGGACAACAUUUUUUUGACCCGAAUGAACUGGGCCAACGUGGGAGGCUUAUCAGGUUUAAUUCUAACAUUAAGAGAUACCGGACUCCCCAAAUGUGUUCUUUCUGGACCACCUCAGUUGCAAAAAUACCUUGAAGCCAUUAGAGUAUUUUCUGGACCAUUACAGGGCAUUGAACUUGCGGUGCGCCCUUACACCGAUGCCAUGUACAGUGAUGAUACUAUGACUGUCUAUCAGGUGCCAUUAUUUAGUAGUGCUGCACCAAAAACAACUACAGUUGGUUGCUAUAGUCCUCCAAGGUCUCCUGAGAGAGUUAGUACAACGCAAUCACAGAAAGAUGUAGAGGGUCAUUUCAGGCAAAUAGAAGGAAUCAGUUCACUAAAAAGAGAAGACAUCGGAAGACUUUCGAAGAGGGAUUCUUCACUGGUUGUUUCAUUUAUAUGCAAGCUUCAUGAUAAAAAAGGAAAUUUUAUUGUUCUGAAAGCUAAGGAACUAGGACUCCCAGUCGGGACUGCUGCUAUUGGUCCUAUUAUCUCUGAGCUCAAGUCAGGGAAAAGCGUCACCUAUCAAGGGAGAGAGAUCUUCCCUGAAGAUGUCUGCACCCCUGCUGACCCAGGCCCAAUUUUCAUUGUUGUGGAAUGCCCAACAGAAGAAUUUGUAAUGCCAGUUGUUGAAAAUGAAACCUUUAAAAGAUACCAAGAAAAGAAAUCGGGAAGUCCGGUGGCUCUGGUAAUUCACAUGACCCCAGAAUCUAUUUUACACAGCAGCAGAUACUGGCACUGGAUGAAACAGUUUGGCCCUCAGACAGAGCAUCUGAUCCUUAAUGAAAAUACCUCCACUCUCCAUAACCUUCGAAGUUACAAGAUUCAGACGCAACUAAACCUUGUUCAUCCAGAGAUCUUCCCUCAGCUGGCAAAUGUCCAGAAGAAGGAGGAGAGACCCGAGUUUUUUGGCGUGAGAGGAGAGUGCCUUCUCAAAUACCAGCUGAGGCCAAAAUUGGAGUGGCAGAGAGAUGCAGUUACCAGUAACAACACUGAGGAGUUUGUGAAGGAAGCUAUGGAGCUGCCAGGCUUUGUGGAGGCCCUAGAGAACUGCAAGCUAACUUUGAAAUUAGAUGGAGCAUUUACUGGUGAGAGCAAGGGGCAAUAUCCUGAAGUUAUAUUUUUGGGCACUGGAUCUGCAGUUCCCAUGAAAACCCGCAAUGUCAGUUCAACCCUUGUGAAUGUCAGUCCCUCCCACUCUUUGUUGCUUGAUUGUGGAGAGGGAACCUUUGGGCAACUUCACCGGCACUAUGGAGAGAAUGUAGAUGAGGUUCUCAGCAAGCUGUCGGCCAUCUUUGUUUCCCAUAUACAUGCUGACCACCAUACUGGUCUGCUAAAUAUCUUGUUUGAGAGAGAAAGGGGGUUGGUGACAUGUGGGAAGCCGCACACCCCUGUGUCUGUGAUAGGACCUCCUCUGCUGAUGACCUGGUUAAAUCAGUAUCACAAUCAUUGCCAGGAUAUUCUCCAUCACAUGAACCUGAUCCCAGCAAAAUACCUAACUGAUGGCACAGAGGCCCUCAGUCUCAAGAAUAAGAACUUACUGGCCUCUUUUCUGGAAGCCUACCAGCUGGAGCAGUUCCAGACUUGUCUUGUACGUCACUGCAGAAAUGCUUAUGCCUGCUCAGUUGUUCACCGCUCUGGGUGGAAGCUGGUCUACUCUGGAGACACUAUGCCUUGUGAUGCUCUUGUGCAAAUGGGAAAAGAUGCGUCUCUGCUAAUUCAUGAGGCCACACUAGAGGAUGGGUUGGAGGAAGAAGCAAUUGAAAAAACUCACAGCACAACAUCUCAAGCUAUUGGCGUGGGAAUGAAGAUGAAUGCAAAUUUCAUCAUGUUAAAUCAUUUCAGCCAAAGAUAUGCUAAACUGCCCUUGUUUAGCAGCGAUUUUAGCGAGAAAGUUGGCAUCUCAUUUGAUCACAUGAGAAUUAACUUGGGCAACGUGAGGACAGUGCCGAAAUUGGUGAACCCACUCAAAGUUCUAUUUGCUGAAGAUUUGGAAGAACUAGAAGAAAGGAGGGAAAAGAGAGAACUAAAGCAGAUGAGAGAAAUGGAGGAUCAGCCAAAUGGCUCUCAGCCUGUGGCUAACCAUAAGAGAGACCUGGAGGGAGCCUCACACACUAUGGGAAACAAAAGGUUAAAAGCCAACUGAGUCCUCCUUGGUCCCUGAAAGAAGGGAGGUUUACUAUACUGGAAGAGGCACAGACUGAAAGGCCUUACUGUUCAUUUACAUCUGUAGAGCCAAUGUCUAAAUGCACUGUUUGUCUAAUGAAGUGCAGGAAGUCCUCAUCUCAUGUCCAGGAGGGAUUUAAGCAUCCUGCUCUGGCAACUCCCUUGGCAAGGAGAAUAUAAAGUUCAGUUUCCCUCCCCCCAAUUCUCAGUGGCAGUGGGGUGACCAACGCAUUAGAUGCCUAAAAUAUCAGUUUGUACUAUAGUGGCACACCCAUAAUGACAACAUCCUACCAGUGAUAGCGAUUAUGAGAUAAUUUUUCUAAAAACCUGCUAUUUUUUUUUUUUUUUGCUGAGGUUUGGCUUUGCUGAAAUAGAUAUAUAUAUUAAUAUGAAAUAAACAUGGUGUAAUUAGGAAUAUGCCAAUAAUGUAAAGAGUGCCCACAGUUCAGGCAGCAGUGCCAUAUCAUUGCCUGCCUCAGAUACAUUUUUGCACCAAGCUAGUGCCUGCUGUGGCAAACAUGGACCCACAGCACAGGGUUUGCGCUGCAUUUAACUGCUAGUGAGAGAUCUAAAACACACUGGAGCCUCAACACAGAACAGACCAUUUGGCCUGUACAUGCCUUAAAUGAUUUUUUUUUUUUUUUUUUUGAACCAAUAGUCUGGGCUUAUUUAAGUUAUAGUUCAUUUAUUUGCAAUCAGACUGGGGUGAACAAAUCACAGUACUGAAUUAUUUUUUAAAGCACUGUUUUAUGCUGUCAGCAUGAAAUAAAGAAAAAGGUGUUUAUGAUUAAAUGUAUAUUUUCUGUCCCACAGACUCUCAUGCUGGAAUAAAGAUUUAUUGAAAAGUU